CCGCGCGCCUCCCGCUCCGCCGCCCGCACGGCCCGGCCCGGCAUGGAGCGGCGCUGAGAGCCCGAGGCAGCCAGCCCGAAGCCGCCUUUGUGCCACUCUCGGGGCGAGGAUUAUCCCCACCGUCCCUGGGAUGGAGGACGCCGGCGUCCAGCGGGGAAUAUGGGACGGGGAUGCCAAGACGGUCCAGCAGUGCUUGACUGACAUUUUUACCAGCGUUUACACCACCUGCGACAUCCCGGAAAAUGCCAUUUUCGGCCCCUGCGUCCUGAGCCACACGUCCCUGUAUGACAGCAUCGCCUUUAUCGCCCUCAAGUCCACCGACAAGCGCACCGUCCCCUACAUAUUCCGGGUGGACACGUCGGCGGCCAAUGGCUCGUCGGAGGGGCUGAUGUGGCUGCGGCUGGUGCAGUCGGCGCGGGAGCGGGAGGAGCAGAACCUGGAGGCCUACAUCAAGAGCGGGCAGCUCUUUUACCGCUCCCUACGCCGCAUCGCCAAGGACGAGGAGCUGCUGGUGUGGUACGGGAAGGAGCUCACCGAGCUGCUGCUGCUCGGCCCGGCCCGGGCCCCCGCCCGCACCAACGGCUCGCCGCCCUUCGCCUGCCCCGAGUGCAGCCAGCGCUUCCAGUUCGAACUGCCCUUCGCCGCACACCUCCGGUUCCGCUGCCCCAAGAGGCUGCACGGCCCCGACAUCGGCCCCGCCGCCGAGGCCGCCGCCGCCAAGGACGGCGCCGGCAAGGAGCAGGAGCCCGGCAAGUUCGGCAAGCCCGGCGGGCCGCCGCACCACCCCUUCCCCGGGCCCGACGGCGGCCCCGCCGCCAGCACCAAGCCCUCCACGGACUUCCACAACCUGGCGCGGGAGCUGGAGAACUCCCGCGGCGGGCGCGCCGGCUCCCCGGGGCGGCCGGCGCCCCCCGAGGGCGGCCCGGAGGCGGCGGCCGGGAAGGCGAAGCGGCGCUUCCCGGAGGAGGAGGAGCGCGGGCCCGGCGCGGCGCGGGGCCGCUUCCCGGCGGAGCGGCCGGGGCUGCCGGCGGCGCCCAAGGAGGAGCCGGGCUGCGCCCCGCAGCAGCAGUACCGCGCCGCCGGCUCCUACUGCGGGCUGGAGGAGGGCGGGCGCCUCUUCGCGCCGCCCAGCCCGGAGACCGGCGAGGCCAAGCGCAGCGCCUUCGUGGAGGUGAAGAAGGCGGCCCGCGGCCCCGAGCCCGACGGCGGCCCCGAGGAGGGCCCGGAGCGCGGCUCCCCGGGCGCGGGCGGCGCGGAGCCGGGGCUGGGCGGCGGCGGCGGCGGCGGGGGGCUGCCCAAGCAGAGCCCCUUCCUCUACACCACGGCCUUCUGGCCCAAGAGCUCGGCGGCGGCGGCGGUGGCGGCGGCGGCGGCGGGGCCGCUGCAGCUGCAGCUGCCGUCGGCGCUGACGCUGCUGCCGCCGUCGUUCACCUCGCUGUGCCUGCCGGCUCAGAACUGGUGCGCCAAGUGCAACGCGUCCUUCCGCAUGACCUCGGACCUGGUCUACCACAUGCGCUCCCACCACAAGAAGGAGUACGCGCUGGAGCCCCUCGUCAAGCGCCGCCGCGAGGAGAAGCUCAAGUGCCCCAUCUGCAACGAGUCCUUCCGCGAGCGCCACCACCUCUCCCGCCACAUGACCUCCCACAACUAGCGGGGACACCCCCCGGCGCCGGGAACCCGCCCGGGACCCCCGCCUCUCCCACCCUUCCCCUUCGAUGCACGCGUUUCCACAGUCCGGGGAGGGGCGGGAGGGCAGCGGGUGAGGAGGAGGAGGAGGAGGAGGUGAAAAAG